AUGGCAAGAAAAGCAGGUAGAAGGAAUAAAAAGACAAAGUCUGCUGCUACUAAAAGAAGUAGAUUUCAGGUAAAAAGACGUAGAAGAAGGGAGUGCAAGACCAAUUAUAGGCACAGAAUUAAUCUUAUUAAACAGGAUUACAAUAAGCAAGGUGCUUUAAAGUUUAGGCUUGUUGUUCGUAGAACUAAUACUAAAGUAAUAUGUCAGAUCACGCGUUCUUACAUCGACGGAGACAGAGUUUUUGCCUUUGCUGAUUCCACCGAACUUAAAAAUUAUGGGGUAGAUUUCGGCCUUAAAAAUCAUUUCGCAUUUUAUGCUACAGGAUUUUUAGCCGGUAGACGAGCUCUAGCAAAACUUAAGAUGGAUGAUCUUUACAAAGCCAAGAAAACAGAUGGUACUUAUACUAUCACUGAAGAUAUUGAUGAAGAGCGUAGGGCUCUUAAAGUCUUUUUAGAUAUUGGGUUAUCUAGAAGUACUAAAGGUGGUAAUACAUUUAUAGCUAUGAAAGGUUGUUCCGAUGCUGGUGUAUUUAUUCCUCAUUCUGAAAGUAAAUUUAUAGGAUACGAAAAAAAUAAGCCUUUUAAAGCGGAAGAACUUAGAGACAGAAUAUUUUGUAAACAUGUAUCUGACUACAUGAAAGAUCUAAAAGAAAAUGAUGAAGAAAAGUAUAAAUUACAGUUUGGAGAUUAUAUUAAGAAAAAUAUUGAUCCAGACAAUAUUGCUGGAAUUUAUCAGAAUGCUUUAGAUGCUAUUAUUAAGAAUCCUAUAAGGGAAGAAAAAGAAAAGAAGGAUUAUAGUGGAUUUAAAAAAUUCAAAGUUGAAAAAAUGCCUUUAGAAGAAAGAAAAAAGAGAAUUCAAGAUAAAUUAACAGCACUUAAAGCUAAUUAA